AAUAUGAGUAAAAGGUUCUUUAAUGGCAUUUAUGGCUUGUGCUCAAGGGUGGGGCAUGGAGUUUCCAGGAGAGGCGUGACCCUCUUGGACUAUGACAGGAAGGAAGUAAAAUCCCGCCCUGGUCCUUCUGACAGUCCCUGCUGUCUUGUCUUUGCCUGUCUGGAAACUUUGAGCCGCCGCCCAGAACUGUCCUGCGUGGCGCCUCACCCGGGAACUGCUAGGAAUUUGAAGAGCUGGGAGCGUCCCGCCUCGUGGCUGAGGUUUGAUUUCCCAGCAACCCUUGCUGCCUCACUAUACGCCGUUGUUUACGUUUCCCGUCACGUGGGUAACGGCGCAUGCGCAGCUCACCUAGGUCAUUAAGCCCGCCCAGUCCAGACUUCAUUUCCCAGUGUGCCUCGCGGUGCGCAGGGGCUAACGGAUGUUGUAGUCCGGCGGCCUUUCAGGCUGGUCCAGCAACCGACAGGAUGUCGGAGGUACGGCUGCCACCGUUACGCGCCCUGGACGACUUUGUUCUGGGGCCGGCGCGUCUGGCGGUUCCUGAUCCAUGCGACCCACAACGGUGGUGUCACCGUGUCAUCAAUAACCUGCUCUACUAUCAAACCAACUAUCUUCUGUGCUUCGGCUUCACGCUCGCAGUGGCCGGAUACAUGAGCCCGCAACACACGCUCCUUGGCGCUCUGACAAUGGUGGCAGCCCUCGGCAUACUGACGUGGGCAGCCGAGUCCCGUGCAGCCAUACGCCGCUGCCGUCGCAACCACCCUGCUGCCUGCAUGGCCGCGGUGCUGGCCGUCAGCCUCCUGGUUCUCUGGCUCGCCGGCGGCGCUUACACCUUCCUACUCAGCAUCGCCACGCCAGUGCUUCUGAUCCUGGUGCACGCCUCCCUGCGCCUGCGCAACCUUAAAAACAAGAUUGAGAACAAGAUCGAGAGCAUUGGUCUCAAGCGGACGCCAAUGGGGCUCAUCCUAGAGGCACUGGGACAAGAGCAGGAGGCCGGAUCCUAAGGGCCUGGGAUCUGUGCCCCAACGUGGAGAAUAUUAACUCCCAACCCCACCUGAGACCUUCAGCCCUUUCCCAGCCCUCAAACUAGUAAUCUGGAGUCCCUUGCCCUGCCCCCGCCCCCCCAAAAAAGAACAAGACAUCUAUAUCAGCCCUGCCUUGGUCUCAAACUAGGCUCUCUCUCUCUCUCACACACACACCCAUUACCCAGGAACCACAGUCUUCCCUAGCCCUAAACUUGGGAACCAAAGCCACCAACAUCUAGCCCCAAAUCUGGGGCUUAAGACCACAACAUCCAUGGCCAACAUCAAACUGUGGACCCAGAGACACUCCUAACCCCAAUGUGGGAUUGGCCCAUCUCCCAUGCUGAGCCCCAAAGCUGGGGUCUGGGGUAAGGUAUUGUGACAUCUUGAACCAAAGCCCCAUGCUCAGCCCAUCGCUGGGGUGGAGUCAAACAACCUGACCCUGUUUGAACCUUUGGUCCCAGGUGACCCCAACCAGUCCCCUUACCACCCGCUCCCUCCCAUGUUCCACAGUGGCCAGGACCAAGGAGUUGAGUGGAGGUGGGGCAUAUAUAUCAGUAUUACCGCAACAAUAAAACCUGUUGCAUCUUCCAAGCCAA